AGGAAUAAGAGCUGGCCGGGCUCCAACGUUCCUCAAUAAAACCCGGUACCUCUCUCUCUCUCUCUCUCUCAAAACACCAAUAACACAGUUCUCCUCCAUCUUUUCAUCCUCACCGUCUGAUCGGUAAGUCCCACUGGACCCACCAGGGAUAACCUCUCUCUCUCUCUCCAAACACUUACAACACAGUUCUUCUCCAUCCCUCCAUCCUCACCGUCUAAUCGUCAAGUCCCACCAAACCCACCUGGGGUAUGCGAAUCCCACCUCUGAUAAGACGACCUGAGCCGUUGAAAAGACAAUAAUAAAAGGUGGAUCGAAGGCAUGGGAAAAGGCCUCUUCCUCCCGAUGCAUCAGAGGGGAGGGGAAAAGAGCCGAGUCAUACUCCCUUCCCUGUUUUUGACUCGGCACGUGCCGAGCGUGACACUUCAGCCAUGGUAUCAGCCCUCUCUCACGUGAUUGGCACGAGCGAGACAGAGAGAACAGCACUCGGGCCCAAAGACCCGAUACAAGUGCCGGAAUCGGGCACCUUCCAACCGCCAUAUCAAGAGCAAGAUCUCCACCGUCAACCUACAGAAAGGAGAAGGAACUACCGCGGCGUGAGGCAGAGGCCAUGGGGUAAAUGGGCAGCUGAGAUAAGGGACCCACACAAAGCGGCCCGAGUAUGGCUAGGCACCUUCGACAGCGCAGAGUCUGCAGCCAUAGCCUAUGAUGAAGCUGCUCUCAGAUUCAAAGGAUCAAAAGCUAAGCUGAACUUCCCCGAGAGAGUGCAAGCCCUGUCCAAUCCUGGCUUCUACUUGGACGGCAGGGAUGUCUCUGAUCAAGGGCCUACCGCAUCAGACAGCCUUAGUUCAACGCCAGCAUUGGAGGAUUCGUACCCAGAUCUACAUCAAUAUGCACAGCUAUUGUGUAGUAAGGAUGAAGAUAUAGAGUACGUGGGGUCCAGUAUGUAUGAUCAGAGUCCUAUGAUUUCGACGGCUGCGAUGUCGUCCACGUCAGCAUCCUUCUCAUCUUCUUCAGUAUCAAAGGAAGAGCAGGAGAGGGACUGGAGGAGCAACCAUCCAUGAAUGUAUGUUUGUACCAUGAUAGAGAGAAAUGGGGGUUUUAGGUCUGUAUUUAUCAUUGGUCAUUGUACAAGAUAGUGUGACUGGUUUGAACAACCUAAGUUCACAGGAUCCAUUAAAUCCACACCGUAAAUUUUCUGGACCUCUUUAAUAAAAUCGAAUAUAUUCGGUCUAA